AUGUCUUCAAUGAUUAAUUGCUUUUGGUCUCUCUUAUCAUUAAAAGACCUAAGUUUCGUUUAUGUUUCUCCUUGGUUAUCCAAAGCUCUUGGUCCUGAUCAUGACUUAUUAUUGGGUGCCUCGGUUUUUGACUAUUUUCAUCCUCAAGAUCGUGAGUUGGCGCGUCGCGACUUAUCAGAAUGUCGAUAUAAUAAUGUUCCAGCAAUAAGAAAGAGAUUACAAUCUCAAACUACUACUUCUUCAAAUAAAGGAUUCCCUCCUUCAAAAUUAUCGACAUAUCAAGAUGAUGAUAAUGAUUAUAUAAUAAUGCAUUUAGGAAUGAAUGUUGUUAGUCAAGAUAUCGUUCUUGCUUGCUUUCAUCCUGAUGAUGGUAAUUAUCAUUUUUCUAAAAAAGAUUUAAAUAAAUUGUCCUCACUUUUACGUAAACAUUCAACAGCUGGCUUUUCAAAAGUACAAACCCCUCCUGCAACUCCAUUUCCUGAAAAUAAAUCUUUCUUCGGUGGUAGUAAUUCUUCUCCAAAUCGUAUUUUUCAAAUAUUAGAUAGGAAUUCAAGGAGUUUAAUUUUUUCUUGGCCUGAUCCAAGUUUUGUUCCUGGUUUUGAUCUAUCUUAUGAUAAGGAUGAAUUUUCUAGAUUAUUACAAAAUUCUUCUAUAAAUCCUAAUAACUUUAUUAAUGGAAAAGAUAGGAUUGAUGUUCAUUCUCCAAAUUGUUUGAGAUUAAUUUCUAACAAACAUACAAUAAUCUCUUCGGGAAAAUCUCAACAAGUUGAAAGUGUUAUGAUCCCUUAUGGUAUCAUCAUUUUCGCUUGUUUUCAAGUUUCACCUUCAACUUCAACUAUUUCUUUCUCUUCUCCUCCUUUCAAACCUCAAAAAUCCCUAUCUGCUCCUUGUUCUCCACCUACCAUAAAUGGUAACUCUAAAAGACCUAGAUCUCCUAAUUCUUCCCCUGGUUCUUUAUCUCCAACUUAUUAUUCUGAUUCUGGUAGUAAUAAGUCUUGUUCUUAUAAUUCGGGUCAUCCUUAUCCUUAUCGUCAAGAAAUUUCGGAAUUUGUUUCUUCAAAACGAAUUCGUCCAAAUAAUAUCUCUCCUAUACCUCGUCCUUUAAUUAAUCUCACUUCUCCUCAUAAUUCUCCUCCUGUUUAUCAAAAUCAAUAUCCAUUCCCAUCAAUGUCUCAUUCACAAAAUGAUCAAAAAUUACCAACUAUAUCACAUCAACAAAUAUAUUUUACUCAACAUAAUCAACAAUAUAAUCAACAAUAUAAUCAACAACUAAGUCAACAACAUCCACAUAUUCCUGUUCCAAAUCAAACUGCAAGUUUCACUCAAUUUACUCCAUCACAACGUAGAAACAAUACGACUAUUAACGGUACAAAAAAAUGUGAAAGUUGUCAUACGAGUUCUAGUCCAGAAUGGAGACGUGGUCCAACCGCUCGUGAGAUUCGUAAACGAGAGCAAGCUCAACGUGAACAAGAACAACGUAUUAGAGAACAACGUGAAGGUGAAGAACGUGCUCGUGAAAGAGCCGCAGCUAUAAUGAUGCAACAUGUUAUUGAACCACAUUAUAAUCAAUAUAGACCAAAUACUAAUAUAACAAAUUCAACCGCAGAGCCACCUUCCACCAAUGGGCUUCCCUCCAAGGUAAUUAAUAUUCCCGUUACCUGUUGA